AUGUUUAUUGAUCUGCUCACUCCUCAAUCUUCUCCAAUUUAUGAUUUCGAUUCUAAUAAAAUGAGAUCCCAUGAGAAUUUGAUAAACUUUGAAAAUACUUUAUCUAGACCGGAGCCAGAGCCAACAACUUCCGACGGCCAUCCGAAUAGAAUUUCUGAUGAUAUGAUUGCUGGCUUCUUCUUUACUAAUAUACGAUCUGACGUUCAGAGAAUUGUGGAAAAGUAUAAAAAGAAAGAAGGAUGUUCUCGUCGAAAGCUGACAGUCGAACCAGAAAUUUUGGAUGAAAAUUGCUCUUUUUUUGGUACGCAUUGUCUUACAUCCCAAAAGGGUUCACCGUUGAUUGUGGUCAACAACCAAUUAUAUCGUCCAUCUGAAGAAACGCAAUCUGGUGAAAUCAAUGCUAGGUUACAUAUGCUUCUUCUUCUUUUUAAAACUGUUGUUUGA